AUUUUUAAUAAUUCAUCAAAAAUUAUAUUUUUCGGAAUUUUAAUAAUAGGAACAUUAAUUUCUAUUUCUGCUAAUUCAUGGUUAGGUGCUUGAAUAGGGUUAGAAAUUAAUUUAUUAGCUUUUAUCCCCCUAAUAAGAGAUGAUAAAUUAAUAUCAACAGAAGCCUCAUUAAAGUAUUUCUUAACUCAAGCAUUAGCAUCUUCAGUAUUUCUAUUCGCAGUGAUUCUGUUUUUACUAAAUUCAAGUAAAACAAAUUCAAAUUAUUUUAUAGAAAUAAUAAUCUUUUCUUCUCUUCUUUUAAAAAGAGGUUCUGCUCCAUUUCAUUUUUGAUUCCCUAAUGUAAUAGAAGGACUUUCAUGAACAAAUGCAUUAAUUUUAAUGACUUGACAAAAAAUUGCACCUUUAAUAUUAAUUUCUUAUAUUAUUUUUAAGCCAUUAAUUAUUACAAGUAUUAUUCUUUCAAGAUUAAUUGGUGCUUUAGGUGGAUUGAAUCAAACUUCUUUACGUAAAUUAAUAGCUUAUUCUUCUAUCAAUCAUUUAGGAUGAAUAUUAGCAGCAAUAUAUAAUAGAAAUUUAUUAUGAAUAACAUAUUUUUUAUUUUAUUCAUUUCUUUCAUUUGCUAUAAUCUUUAUAUUCAAUAUAUUUAAAACUUCUCAUAUUAACCAAUUAUUUUCAUUAUUUUUUCAUUCAAAGGUUAUAAAAUUUUUUUUAUUUUUUAAUUUAUUAUCAUUAGGAGGAUUACCUCCAUUUUUAGGAUUUUUCCCUAAAUGAAUUGUUAUUCAAUCUUUAACUAUUAAUAAUCAAUUAUUUUUAUUAACAUUUAUAGUAUUAAUAACAUUAAUUACUUUAUAUUUUUAUAUACGAUUAUCAUAUAGAGCUUUUAUAUUAAAUUAUUAUGAAAAUAAUUGAUUAAACUAUUCUAUAUUCAAAUCUAGUUAUAUGAAAAUUUUUAUAACUUUUUCAUUUAUUUCAAUUUUUGGGUUAUUCCUAAUUUCUUCUUUAUAUUUUUUAUUUUAA